CUCAACCUCUAGGCAGCUUACACAUGUGCCCCAGACCCCUGCGCAGCUGAGCUUUCCCGGUGGCGGCUGCUGCUUUCUGCUGAUUUCCUUCUUGGUUCUGGGCUGCGUCUCCCGGCGUCUCCGCCUGCUUCUCCUUCCCAACUCCAUGGAGCCUUUCACUUUCCCUAAACGCUCCAGCCUGGCUUCUUCCCCUUCCGUGGGGCUCGCGUUGCCCCUUGCCGAUGGACUCAUCAAGUCUCCCAAGCCCCUGAUGAAGAAGCAGGCAGUAAAGCGGCAUCAUCACAAGCACAAUUUGCGGCACCACUAUGAGUUCCUGGAAACCUUGGGCAAAGGGACCUACGGAAAGGUGCAGAAAGCGAGAGAGCGAUCGGGCAGACUGGUGGCCAUUAAGUCCAUCCGGAAAGAUAAAAUCAAAGAUGAGCAGGACCUGCUGCACAUCCGGAGGGAGAUUGAGAUCAUGUCAUCGCUCAACCACCCACACAUCAUUACCAUCCAUGAAGUGUUUGAAAACAGCAACAAGAUCGUCAUUGUCAUGGAGUACGCCAGCCGCGGAGACUUGUAUGACUACAUUAGUGAACGGCAGCGUCUCAGCGAGCAAGAGGCCCGGCAUUUCUUCCGACAGAUUGUCUCAGCCGUGUACUACUGUCAUAAAAAUGGGAUUGUCCACCGAGAUCUUAAGCUGGAAAAUAUCCUCCUGGAUGCUAAUGACAAUAUCAAGAUUGCAGACUUUGGCCUCUCCAACCUCUACCAUCGGGACAAACUCCUGCAGACCUUCUGUGGGAGCCCCCUCUAUGCCUCGCCAGAGAUUGUCAACGGGAAGCCCUACAUGGGCCCGGAGGUGGACAGCUGGUCUCUAGGGGUUCUCCUCUAUAUCCUGGUACAUGGCAUGAUGCCCUUUGAUGGGCAGGAUUAUAAAAGCCUUGUGAAACAGAUCAGCAAUGGAGAGUACCGGGAACCCACCAAGCCAUCUGAUGCUUGCGGACUGAUCCGAUGGUUGCUGAUGGUGAACCCCACUCGCAGGGCUACUCUAGAAGACGUGGCCAGCCAUUGGUGGGUCAACUGGGGCUAUGCUGUGCCAAUAGGGGAACAAGAAGCUCUUCAGGAAGGUGGGACUCCAGGGGAGAACUCUCCCAAGGCCACGGUGGCUGAAUGGCUCCGCCGCUCCUCUCGGCCCCUCUUGGAAAAUGGCGCCAAGGUGUGCAGUUUCUUUAAGCAGCAUACGACUGGUGGGGCUGGGCUGGAGCGCCAGCACUCACUUAAGAAAUCCCGAAAGGAGAACACUAUGGCUCAGUCUCUCCAGGGGAGUGUAGCUGUAGAGGCAUCCCCUAGCCCGAGCAAAGGGAUUCUCAAGCUGCCCAAGGGUAUCCUCAAGAAGAGGGUGGCCCCUUCCCUAGAGGGGCAGAGAGAGAAUUCAGGGGAACCGACACCAGAGCCCACUGGGGUCCCCAGCAGCCCCAGGCACACUGCCCCGGCACUACCAAAGAAAGGUAUUCUUAAGAAACCGCGGCAGAGGGAAUCAGGGUAUUAUUCUUCCCCGGAACCCAGUGAUUCCGGGGACCUUCUGGAUGCAGGUGAUGUGUUUGUAAACAGUUAUCCUAGUGUCAGAGAGCCUUCCCGGCCCCCUCAGCUGCCCCUCCACCGAAAGGGUAUCCUCAAACACAAUGGCAAAUUCUCAGGAGCUUCUCAGGAACUCGCUGUCUUUGGCUCCCUGGAUGAACUGGCCCCAGUCCUGUCUGCCACUCGUGCCACUCGCCCGUCGGGUGCCGUGAGUGAGGACAGCAUCCUGUCCACAGAGUCCUUUGACCAGCUUGACCUACCAGAUCGCUUGCCUAAGCCCGAACUGGCCCUGCGGGGCUGUGUGUCAGUGGACGACCUGUUGGGUCUAGAAGAACCAGCCCCCCGAGGGUCUGCCUCGAGGCUUAGGCGAUGGAGGCAGGACCCCCUUGGGGACAGUUGCUUCUCCCUGACAGACUGCCAGGAAGUUACUGAGGUAUACCGGCAGGCAUUGGCUGUCAGUAUGAAACUCAGCUGAGGGUGGGAAAGCAGCAACUCCACCCCAUCCCUUGGGUCAAAGAAGGCUCAAAAGUGUUGCCAUACCUCUGCCUCGGAAGAGACUUGAGUUCACAGCCAUAGAGGCCAAAAGGACUUGGGCUUAAGCCCUGAGGAGGGGAAGGGAAGAAAAUGAGUGAGAUGAGAGUUAGAGCUCCCCUUUAAACCAUAUGCCUUUGUCACCACCAAUAGAAAGGGGAUGGAAGGAGGACAGAUGGCCAAAGAAAUCUGAAUGCAAAGUCUACAAGUGACCAACUCCUAAUAUGCCAAGUGAGGACUGACCAUACAAUUGGACCCACUUCCACCAGGAGACCUUUUCUCUCUCCCAUACGAGGAGAGCUGUUGAGUGGGGUUGGAAGACACCCAGAAUCCAGUCUUCAGAAGAAGUGAAUUCUUUCUCCAGCUUAAACUUCAAAAUUGAAGUAGGGCACCCAUUGUUGUGCCUUUGUGACUUUUAUGACAGCGUCAUGAUGUUGGGGUCUCUGGUACCUUUCUGGGUACAGUGUGGGUCUCCCCAGUACUUACAGAAGAGGACCGCAAAUCUCUUCCCCCUUUCCGCUGCUGCCUAAGCAUGAGCCCCUGACCCUUAUCAGGCUUUCCCCUCUGCACCAUUGAGGGAAGCUGCUAUAAAUCCAAGGACUUGAAAAGGACCCUUUGUUGCUGCACAAAUAAAACAGUCAUCUCAAUGGGAGCCCAGGCCUCCUAGAUCCUUGAACCUCAAAUGUGGAGGAUUGUCAGCCCUCCUCAUUCUUUCUUCAGUUCCCCACCCCAGACAAUGUCUGGCCUCUUCUCUGAUGGGUGGGGGGAAUGGAUCAUUGUCCUGGAACCUUUUUGCCUUGAAAAGAACUGUUUUCUAUUUAUUUGUAUUUGCUCAGUUAUGUAUUGUUUUUUUAAAAAAUGAAUUUUACUGUUUUCAAUAACAUGGAUGGAUUGACUCUUCCA